AUGAUUCUGAGCACAGUUUCAGCAAUCAAUAUGUUUGCUGGCGUUCGUGUGAAACGUGGAUUGAGCACCGGGGAGCAAAAGAAACUCGUGGAUGCUUUGAAUGCGGAUCGUCGAGCAGUUGGCGAAAAUAUGGGAAUCACAUUUGAGAAACUGACCUAUAACAGGGGCCUUGAAAUGAAAGCAGAGAACUUCAGAUGCGAUGAUCCUAUCAACCCAUUUGAAAUGGUCCCGUUGAAAGUGAAUCGGUACUUUAAAGAAGUUUAUGGUCCUGCGAGGUUUGAAGGAAAGGACGUGUUUAGCAGAGCGUUUUUCAAUCCGAAGCACACAAAAAUUGGAUGCUCCAAGGAGAAGACGUGCUCGUAUACAACCAAAGCCGGGAAAAAUGCAGGAAAAACUAGAGAAUAUUGGGGAUUUUGCAUUCUUGGACCUUCAAAUGAUUACCGCUUUGAUGAUUCUAACACUCCAGAGAAGAAUGGAAUGCCAACUUACGAGAAAUAUGGAGACUUGCUGGGAGUCGGACCAUAUUCUACGAAAGAAGCUGAAGCUAAAUCAGGAAAUCCAUAUGCUGACUGGGUUGCCGAAGAAGCUACAGUUGAUGCGAAAAGUUCCCGAACUGGAUCCUCCUUCUUCAGUUUAACUCUAUUUCUUGUAUCUAUUCUUGCAUUCUAUUUUUGA